AUGAAUACAAAGAAUAAUACUGAAGAUUUGGAGCAGGAGAUCGCGGAUCUCGAGUCUCGUCUGCACAAUGCGAAGGCGGAAUUAGCUUCUUCGCACCCUGCGCCGCGCAGCGCAAAGCCCUUGUCUUUGUCGCGUGAGCCCAAUGGGAUACCUCCUUCGAUCCCUAUCCAUCACGCCUUGCUUCUCCUGUCAGACUCCGCCCUGCCGCUGGGCUCAUUCGCGUACUCCAGCGGUCUCGAGUCCUACCUGGCGCACAACAAGCCUCUCCCGCGGUCAGUGACCUCAAUCGCAUCGUUCCGUCGAUUUCUCAAACUCUCCAUUGCAUCGCUAGCGAGUACCUCGCUCCCGUACGUUCUAAACGCCCACCGAUACCCAGAGACAUUGGAAACGUUGGAUAACGACCUGGACGCAUCAACACCGUGCGUGGUAGCGCAGAGAGCAAGUCUGGCUCAAGGGCGAGCGCUGCUAGGACUUUGGGAACGUGCUUUCCGGCGAUCAUAUGGUUUGUACGCGUCUUCUGAAUCUUCCAUGGCUAAUGGCACCGGCACUGCUGCCAAGGCUGUGAAAGCCCUCGAGGAUUUCUUGGAUGCGCUCAAGUCUUGCUUUGACCAUGUAGAUGAACUCGGGCCUAAGGGGCAUUUCCCGCCAUUGUGGGGUGUGGUUUGUUUUAUUAUGGGCAUGGAUCUUCACCAGACGGCCUAUGUCUUCAUGUUGAACCAUGCCAAAGCAGUUCUCAGCGCCGCGGUGCGGGCCUCGGUCAUGGGCCCUUACCAGUCACAGGCUAUCUUGGCCAGCAAGGGGCUUCAGGAAAUGAUAGUGCAGCGAAUAGAACGGGAAUGGGAGACCAACGUAGAAGAUGCAGGCCAGGUGGUUCCGCCGCUGGACCUAUGGGUUGGGAGGCAUGAGCUUCUUUAUAGCAGAAUAUUCAAUUCAUGA